AUGGAAAGCAGCGGAGGGACAACACCAGAAGAGCGCAUCGCAGAAGCAUCGAAUAUGGAUUCCAUCAACACCGGACCGCCAACACUGGAACCUCGAAACCCUAUUGAGCCUCUCGAAAACGUUCAAACAGACGCCGAAGGUGAUCAGCCGACCAUUAAGAAGAAGACAUCCAAGCAUGCAAAAGCCUUGGAGAUUUUGAAAUGGUUCGUCAAAGACCAAUGGUUCCUCCUCGCAAUGGGCGCCGUAGUCCUCAUUUCGUCCCAAGUCCAAGUCCCAGCCUCACAGCAGCGCACAAAGCGGACGGUAGUCACAUACCUCGCAGUCUCCGUCAUCUUCUUCAUCAACGGCUGCACACUGGACACACGGGUCAUGCUCGCCAACUACAUGCGCUGGAAGCUACACAUCUUCGUCCAACUACAAUGCUACCUCGUCUGUUCAGCAGCCACCUUUGCCGUUGUCAGCCUAUGUGCGACGAAUCCCAACUUCAUGGACCCAUGGCUACUGAUCGGCUUCCUUUUCGUCGGCAGCGCACCUACAACAAUGUCCAGCAACGUUGUCAUGACGAGACAAGCUCAUGGAAACGCGGCACUCACGGUAGUUCAAUCCGUCAUUGGCCAAUUCCUCUGUCCCUUUUUGACGCCCAUCAUCCUGCAAAUGUAUCUUUCUACGGGAUCGUGGUAUAGCAAGGUUCUCCAGCGCGGCUCUGGUUACGCCGGCAUUUACCAGCGUGUCUUCAUGCAACUCGGCCUGUCGCUAUUUCUUCCAAUGUUAGUCGGACAGAUUGUACAACGCCUGUUCCCCAAGAUGACGAAGAAAGUGUUCUUCGAGUGGAAACUGCUCAAGCUUUCGUCAAUCGCGCUUCUCACGAUGGUGUGGCAGACUUUCGAUCAAGCGUUUUCUUCUGGUGCGUUUGAGGCUGUGAAGCCGUCCAACAUCAUCUUCAUCGUCUUCAUCACAAUCGCGCUGUACUUUAUAUGGCUCGCCAUAUGCUUCACAGCCGCUACUUUGUGGUUGCCGAAGAAGGAUGUUAUUGCAUGCUGUUAUUGUUGCCCGGCAAAGGCUCUUGCUAUGGUUGUCCCCCUCACGUCGGUCAUGUACAUCAACAUCGAUCCGGUCGAUCAGUCGAAGAUGCAGAUACCUGCGAUCAUCUUCCAGGCUUUUCAGGUUGCUAUUGGUGGCAUCAUGACCAUUGGUUUCCGCAAGUGGAUCCGACCAGAAGAAGAAAAAGAAGAGGCGGAAAAGAACGUCGAAGCAGGCGCAGCGAAGUAG